UUUCCUCCAACCGAUCAUUAAGUGUUUAAAUUCAACGGGAGUUGGUUGUGUCGGAUUUCUUCGGAGGGGAACGCUAUUAAAAUAUCCACAAACAUUAUCUUUAAUUGGACAGUAUUUUGUGCUUGUGUGCGUUCGGUGUUCGGUUUUUUUUCCCGCCAGUGACGAUUCCGUUUUUUCGAAAGCCCUCGAUGACUGUUAUCGUUCGCGUUUAGCGAGCGCCGAUCGUGAGUGAUUUUUUGAUUACCGUAAACGAAAACAUGACUAUUGAUUAAAUUACGUAUCAUACAAUCGAAGAAAUAAAACUGAAGUGACUACAAAAAUGACAUCAGUGACGUGACACGAAAGUUUUAAAAAAAUCGCUAACAAUCGAUAAGAUCCGACGCGAGUACGAAACAAAAUCGAUUUUAAAAAUGAUGCCACGUGCUACGUAAUUGCGAAAUCGUAAUUCACAGAUCGUUAAUUGAUCUGCUAUUAUUCUGUCCCGUUCUCUUUAUCGGCGGUUAUAAUUUUGAUUACCCCUUCACUGUUAUGUCAAAGACAACUCUUUAAACAUAAAUAUACUUCUAAUACUUUUCUAACUUGGUAUUAGAAAAAAAAAAACAAGAAUACAGUGCUAAAGACGAGUGUUUAAAGCUUUUAUUAACAAUCUUUGUGUGACAUUUUGGUGUAAAUAAAACGAAAAAUAAAUUUGUGAGAAAGUGAUGCGGUGUUCAGUUGUCUAAUUUAAAGGAAAUACCGCUCGGCCGGCGGCUGACUACAAAAGGAGCAGUAGAAAUCCCUCAAAAUUACCCGAAUUCAAUCCCCAAACAACAAACCCGGCAACCUGAGUUUCACAGAUCCCUUUGGGCCUCCCCAGUCAUCGGACGGGGGGGGCCCGUCGACCCCGCAGCCCGCGAUGACCACCCAGGAGGCACUGGAGCAUCAGCACCACCACCUGGGAGGCUCGCAAACUCCCCACGAUAUCUCAAACUCGGCUAACUCGACGCCAACAAACGUAUCCUCAAAAUCCGCCUUCAUAGAGUUACAACAACACGGCUAUGGACCGUUUAAAGGUGGAUAUCAACAUCCCCAUCAUUUUGGAAGCCCUGGGGGUCAACAGAACCCUCAUGAGGCAUCCGGCUUCCCCAGUCCUAGGUCCUUAGGCUAUCCUUUCCCACCUAUGCACCAAAACACUUAUGGUUAUCAUAUAGGGUCCUACGCUCCGCAAUGUGCCAGUCCGCCUAAAGAUGAAAAAUGUGGUCUCUCCGACGACCCCGGUCUACGGGUGAACGGGAAAGGCAAGAAGAUGCGGAAACCUCGCACCAUCUACUCCAGUCUGCAGCUUCAGCAGCUCAACAGAAGGUUCCAGAGGACGCAGUACCUCGCACUGCCAGAGAGAGCAGAGCUCGCGGCGAGUUUAGGGUUAACUCAAACGCAGGUUAAGAUAUGGUUCCAGAACCGACGCAGCAAGUACAAGAAGAUGAUGAAAGCGGCGCAAGUGGGCGCGCCGCCGCCCAGCCUCGGCAUGCCGCCUGGUAGCCCGCCUAGCAAUAACCAAUUACUACACGGUGGCGGCGGCAGUUCUAGCGGAUCGCAGCAUUCACCGUCGGCGUACCAGAGCGGGGCUCAGGCACAUUCGCCGACGCCGAGCUCGACGCCCGUCUCCGAACUCUCCCCGGGUCUCUCGCCCACAGGCACGUGGGACGUCAAACAACCGCCCCAGCCCGCCUGGGAUGUCAAGGUUGGAUAUCCGAAUGCGGGUCGAUCGCCGGACGGCACCUCAUGCGACAUCAAGCCUCCACACCAGCAGUCGUGGGACCCAAGAGUCGGCUAUGGCGCGCCACCUGGACCUUGGGACAUGAAGGGCGCGCACGCCGCGCACGCACUGCACCAUCAGGCGGCACCGCAACCGCACCCGCCCUAUGUGCCACAGUACUCCUGGUACCAGCCUGAUGCCAACCCUGGACUCCUCACUGAAAACGGUCUUGCGUUAUUCCAUCGCAUGGGCCUCAGACCACAAUAUUUGGGACCACAUGAACAGAACAACUAUGACAGCUGAGGAAUUUCGACUUUUAGUUAAUUGUAGCACAUUAUAUCUAGCCAACUAUACUUUAUGUAACUAAAACGUGAGAUAAAGGUUAUAAUGGCAUGCAUAUGUAGGUCGCGUCGCUCAGAAUUUCAAUAGUUAUGAACGAAAUUUUACAAAGCAAUUUGACCUCAAUAUCAUUGACGGUCGAAUAGGUUGAUGCGUUUUAUUGCAUAAAGAGAGGUCGUUAUUAUGACUUAUAUAUAUGGACUCUAGUACAAUUACUAUCUAUUUGUCUAUGGAACUAAAAGAAUUUUAGCAUGUUCGUGUAAAUAAAAAAGUACAAAUGUUUAUGGUAGGGAUUUUAUUAGAAUUACGUCCUUUCUUGAUUUGCUGUAAUCAAUUUAUUAAUGAAAGAAAUUGUUUGUCAACAGGGUUUGGCCCGCAGUGUAACAGCCAUCGGACAAACAGACGAUAAAUAAAUAUAAUGCAAGUAUAGUUCACAAUGGCGGGAAAGCGAAAUAAAGAGCGUUCACUCGGCGCCAUAUUUAAUUUUAAAACUAUGUAUCGGCACAACCAACGUUAAAUUAAGGAAAUUAUUUAAUAGAAUUAUAAUUGUACAUUUUUUUAUAUUUAAAAUAAUGCGUUAUUGUUUAAAAUGGUUACUGUACAUGUUAUAAACUAUAAUAAAUCGAUAAAUAAUUAGGUAUGAAGUUGACCAAAUUUGGACGAACUACUUUUCUGUUCUGUUCGUUAUUAAAAACGCUAAAAUAAAUAACCUAUUUUUUUUUCUUUAUAUAAAUAUGCAUGCCACUAUAUCCCGACAAAAAUCACUACAUUCCUUUUGAUUAAAGUCUUAUAUAUCUUAUAUUGUACAGCAAUAUGUAAAUGGAAAAAAAAAUACAGACGAAUUGAGUACCUCCUUCUUUUGGGAAGACGGUCAAAAAAAUGUCUCCUUUCCUUUUUAUGUAUAGACAUUUUUUUAUAAUUCUUUACAUUUAUGUUUACGUGAUUACGGCAUAAAAUUUAUUGAUCUAAUGAAUAUUCUUGCCAUUACUUAAAUGUCCUCAAAUUGUAAAGGAAGCUUGUAUAUUUAAUGUUAUCGAGCGUGAAUAAAACAAUCUCCCUAAUGCAAUUUUGUGUUGUACUAAAAAUUCGUUUAUAAUAUCAAACUCUAGAAUAAAUGUAUUUUGAUUUAUUAUGAAAUAUUUAAUAUGCAAGCUUUAAAUGA